GUGUGAAUUUUCACAUUCCCGCCAUUACUCCAACAACAACAUAACAGCGGGCCGCCUCAUGCCGGCGACAUUCAGUUCACCGCACAGCACGAGACUUAUGCGGGUUUAUUUUUAACAGUUUUCCUCGAGGUUUUUCCUCUAAAGCCUGGAAGUAGAGGGACCCUGGAGUCAUCUGUUCCCCUCUCAAAGCUGUUUCUGAGACUCACGUUUCCCUAAUGGCUGUUGCAUUACCGAAGCUGAGCAGUGGUAGCGCUGUGCGCAUCCGCUUCACCAGCCUGGACGUGGGCACGACCAAAUGGAGAGAGGGAAUAUUCGAGGUCCACGAAAGAGACAACAAAAGCAAUCUGGUGUUGAAAUUUAAUAGCGGCGGAGCACCAAAACAUUUCCAGUUGAACCACAAUGUGAAGAACGUCGUUCUGGGGCCCAUCCACAGUCAAAACCGCUUGUCGUUGACACUGAAGGACUCGAAUGUUGUCAUUCUGGAAAGACUGCCCAUCACGGGCAAAAAACUGAAGGAUUAUCUGGAGAUGAUUAAGCAAGGAAAGCAGACGGCUUAUAAGACGAAUCAGGGAAGUGCCAGUUUUGGAUUAGUUCUUGGGAACCGAGCGGCACAGAAUGACCCAGGAUUAUCCUCAUCGGAAAAGCAGAUAACUCCACGUAGGUCGAGUUUGGACAGCAGAGAAGAGAGCACACCAAGAAAACCUCUUGGAAGUCCAAGCCGAGUCACAUCCACACCUGUACGCAGUGGACUAUCAGAAAACAGGAGUGAGAAAAGAAAAAGGUUGAUGAACUCUGAAACUGAUUUAACUGAGGACUACCCCAAAGAGAAUGACUCCUCAAGCAACAAUAAAGCCAUUUCUGACAGUUCCCGGAAGUUUCUGCUCAGUUGCAAAGAAAAACUGAAGCAAUCGGAGGAGAAUAGGGCUUCAGCUCCUCUUGGCUCUACGCCUCUUCAACCAUCAUCCUUUUAUGGCAGCAGAACAGGAACUAAGGAUUACACACAAACACAUUCCCUACUGGACAGGCCUGCCAGCACAAACCAGUCACCCGCAGCGAAAAGAAGCUUGGUGCUGCCCAAUCACUCCACUCCUUUCAAGAAAGUCCGCUCGUCUCUGGAUUAUGGAGGGUGGAACAAACUGAGACCCUCCUCUCUUUCUCAACCUCAGCCUCCAUUGCAAGGAUUCUCCAACCUUGGAAACACUUGCUACAUGAAUGCUAUACUGCAGUCACUGUUCAGUCUGCAGUCUUUUUCAAACGACCUGUUAAAACAGGGUAUUCAGUGGAAAAGAGUUCCUAUGAAUGCUCUUCUGAGGCGCUUUGCUCAUCUGCUUUUGAAAAAAGAUGUUUCAUCUCCAGAGUUGAAGAAAGAUUUGCUGAGGAGGGUGAAGAACGCCAUUUCUUCUACUGCUGAACGUUUUUCUGGGUACAUGCAAAACGAUGCUCAUGAGUUCCUGAGCCAGUGUUUAGAUCAGCUAAAGGAAGAUGUGGAGAAGGUUAAUAAGAGCUGCCGGAGCGAUUCUUCACUUUGGGAUGAGCCCCAGGGCAUACGACUUGUGGAGGAUACCGACACCUCACGCAUAUACACAUGUCCUGUUACUGUCAACAUGGAGUUUGAAGUGCAACACACAAUAACUUGCAAAAGCUGUGGUGAGGUGAUAACCAAACGUGAACAGUUCAAUGACCUCUCGAUUGACCUGCCUCGCAAAAAGAAAACCCUUCCUUUAAGAUCCAUCCAGGAUUCACUGGAUCUUUUCUUUAGGAUAGAAGAAAUCGAAUAUUCAUGUGAGAAAUGUAACGGGAAAUCUGCAAGUGUCACACACAAAUUCAGCAGACUUCCCAGGGUGCUGAUUCUUCAUCUGAAGCGGUACAGUUACAACACACAGCUUUCUCUGAACAGCAAGCUGGGGCAGCAGGUCCUAAUUCCAAAGUACCUCACUCUUCUCUCCCAUUGCACAGAGAAUACUCGGCCCCCUCUCAGCUUGGGCUGGAGAGUCCAAACUGCCCUGUCUAGAACACUGAAAACGUCACAAUCUGUGAACAGCUCUACGUUGCGGAAAGGUACAGUCAAGUGUGAGAAUUCUGGGAGCAUCAUAUGUGACUCGGACAGUGAAGAGGAAUUGACUAGGAAAGUUGGCCGCAAACAUCGCCUGAGUGAAUGCUUUGCAGAUGAUGACCGAACGGAGGAGGUGCAGCAAAGCAGUCAUAUAGACCAAUCAGAAUUCACAGGAAUGAACGAUGAUGAAAUGCUGGCUGCGGUUCUUGAGAUGAGUCGUAAUGAUGUUGGCCCCAAUAUUGAUGAACCGACCAGCAGCCCUGACACGGGGUUUGGAGAUACUGAUGCUCAGGAGCUCACGCAGCAUUUGGAUCUUCUGGAAGGAGACAAGCCAUCUGGAGACAUGCUGGGUUCUUUGGACCUAACCAUGGAUGACAACAAAGAGAACCAGACUCCAGAUGGUGGCCAAAGUGAGAUGGACUGGGCACAGCAGUACAGUUUGGACCAAGAGCGUGAGGAGCAGGAGUUACAGCAGGCCUUGGCACAGAGUCUGCAGGAACAUGAAGCAAGAGAGAUGAGAGAGGAUGAUGAUCUGAAGAGAGCAACAGAGCUCAGCUUGCAAGAGUUCAACAACUCUCUUCCUGAUCUUCUGUGCUCUGAUGAUGACUCUGGAAAUGAGGAUGCUCUAGAGAUGGAGUACAGUGAAGCAGAAGCUGAAGAGUUAAAGAGAAAUGCCGAGAGUGGAGAGCUUGUCAACUCCUUCAGGCUCAUCAGCGUGGUCAGUCACAUUGGUACCAGUUCCUCAUCAGGCCACUACAUAAGUGACGUUUAUGACAUGAAGAAGCAGUCCUGGCUCACUUACAAUGAUUUAGAUGUGUCCCGUACACAGGAAUCAACUGUUCAAAGAGACCGGGACAGGAGUGGAUACAUAUUCUUCUACAUGCAUAAAAACGUCUUUGAGGAGUUAUCAGAGCUGGAGAAAGCAGGAGGGAGCUCUGAUGCUAGCCGAACAGUUCUGCAGCCUUUAUAAGUAGCUUGAUGCUGCACUUGGUCUAGAGUAAAAAUGAUACUACUGAUCUCCACACACACCUCUUUCAGGCACUUUCUUCUAUUUUUUUCUAUUCUCUUUUGCUUGUAAAAAUCUGUCGCUGUUUCUAGAGUGUCUGAUAUUAGUGUUCUUUAAAUCCUUGUAGAUAUAAAGGUUUAUAGCAAAAGGUAAACAAAGUAAAUAAAAUUAAGACGCAUUUUGGAAUGCUGAAAGGUAUGAAGGCCAGACUCAAAACAUUUCUGUCUGUUUUGGCUUUUUUUUUUUUUUUUUUUUCUUCUUCCUGAAAAUGGCCUUUAUUAAAGUCCCUUGGUGGAAAAGGAGACUUUAUGCAUUAAAUUGGGAGCAAAUGUCUGAGGGUAAGGAAGUGUUUGUCCCUCUUGAGCAGUUUCUUUUCCAAGUUUUCCUAAAUUCCUUAUUGAAUCUAUUGAAUAUAAAGAUUUAUUCUUGUAUGUUUGAGUGAUGUUGGGUGUCUGUUUCAUGUUUUAUAUGCAGCUGAAAAUGUGGUGCAAUAUUUACUUUGCCUGUUGGCUUUUAUAUGUCUGUCCUAUAGCGAUGAGUGGGAGGGGAGUUCCAAUUUCUAUUCACAGCUUUACUGAUGACUGUUUAUUGCUAUUUUAAUUCUAUUUUAUAAAUACAGUUUAACAACUUAAA